UGCAUUUAAAUUACGCAAUAUUUUAAAUAAAUUUGGUCUCAAUAAGAACUACGUGGGAUUUUUUUCCCCGUUUAUUCUGUUCUAAUCCCGGUUAUUGUCAGAUCAAGCUUGACAAGAUUAUGUAAAAAGAGGAAUUAAGUAAUUGAAUGUUAUUAUUACUAUUCAAGAGAAUGAAGUUGUUUCUAAUAGUUUCUUAAACUGCUAUCUUUGUGUUAGCAUACUAUGCCCAACGAAUAUCUUGAGCGUACAAAAAUCGAUGUCCUAAGCUUAAUUUGAAAUGCAAAAUAAAUUCUUCAAUGCAAUAGAAAUUAACGAUAAAGUUAAAGAAGUUUUUCAGAAAGGAGUCUAUGUUAAAAAACUCGAAGAGGACAAAUCUUCAAUAAGUACAUGUUUGCUAAAAAUCGAUGCUUUUGGAUUUUUUCUUUCAUAUCAAGAAAAAGAUAAAGAUGCUUUUUGUAUUGACAUUUGCGACAUCAGCUAUGUUAAAGAUGGUGCAACACCAAAAGCUUUAAACAAGGUUUUUGAGCAAUAUUCAGAUGAAGAAAAAAAUAAUGUUGAUUUUUUGAGCAGAUUUACAUAUAUAUGCUUCGGAACAAACAUUGUCGAAGUGUCUUUUAUCACUUUUGAUUUUAUGACAAAAGAAUUAAAACAGAUUUUUUUUUCAUGUAUUAGCACAAAUUUAACCAAUCAUAAACAUGCAUUUAGAAAUCCAAGUGUUAAGCAAAUGCUUUACAAACAAUAUGUACUUUCAAAAUCAAUGGUGAAUGCUUCUGGAAAAAUUUCAAUGAAAAAUAUUUUUAAAUGUCUAAAUGCAGUUCGUUUUGAGCAAACCACUAUUGAGGGUAUACAAACAGCUUUAUCCUUACCAGUUGGGGAAAUAGAUCCUGAAAUGUUCAGCUUUGAACAGUUUUACAAGCUAUGUUGCCUUGUUUGCCCAAGACCAGAUAUUGAUGAAUUGUUCAUUUCAUUGUUUGGUACUAGGUUAACUGCAGAAAAGUUAAUGAAGUUUUUGAAUGAAGACCAACGUGACCCAAGAUUAAAUGAACAAAUGCAUCCUCAUUGUACGAUUUCAAAUGCAGUAGACCUAAUAAUGGAUUAUGAAAGUAAUGAAGCAUGUAGAACAAAAGAGUUGUUGACUAUUCAAGGAUUUAUUCAAUUAUUACUGAGCAAGGAAAGUGCAGUUUUAAACCCAGAAUGUCUGCUUCUUCGACAUGACAUGAACCAACCAAUCAACCAUUACUUCAUAAAUUCAUCUCAUAACACAUACUUAUUAGGAAGGCAAGUUUAUGGGAAAUCAAGUGUUGAAAUUUAUCGACAAGUUUUAAUUUCUGGAUGCAGGUGUAUUGAGCUUGAUUGCUGGGAUGGUCCUGGAGUUCCAAUUAUUACUCAUGGUAAAGCGAUGUGUACUAAUGUUUUAUUUUCUGAUGUUGUUCAAGCUAUUGCUGAUACUGCUUUUCUCACCUCCCCCUAUCCGGUUGUACUUUCAUUUGAAAAUCAUUGCAGCCUUCCACAACAAAAAAUUCUUGCUGAAAUGUGCAUUAAAAUAUUCGGACCACUGCUGCUUGAUAAACCUUUGGAAUCCAAUCCACUUGAGCCUGGUAUUGAGCUACCAUCUCCAGAACAGUUAAAAUAUAAAAUACUCAUUAAAAACAAGAAACUAGCAUCCAAUGAUGAAAUGCAGUUUUCAAAUGGAAAAUUGAAUUCUUCUGCUAAUAUUUCUUACGAUAUACCAGUAGAAAUGCCAGAAACAAAUACUUCUAGUUAUAGUUCUUGUGAUGUGCCAGAUUUGGAAAGUGAAAGUGAAAUGGAACAUGAUAAUUGUUUUAAUGAAGAUGAUCUAAGUAGAAUGGUUACUGAAGAUAAUUUUGAAACAAAGCUGAAUGAAAAAAUGGAUCAAUUUGCAAAACAAGUUUAUUCAGAAAGUUCUUCUAAUAACCAGCCUGUGAUGAGGCGUCGAUCUACACAAGAAUUCAAUCUUAAAAAAUAUAAAUUAUCAAAAAUUGCUGAAAACUGUGUAGUUGAUGAUUCUGAAGAUGAGAUAAUCCUCACUAAGUUUGGUUCUAACCCCUGUAUUGCAUCAGCUUUAAAUGAAGAAGUAAAUUCUAACACCACAACUUCAGUGUUAGAAUGCGAAGAUAAUAGUUCUCAUUUCCCUUCCAAAUGGCGAUCACACAGUGUUGCACCAUUGAAUCAGUCUGAGAUUGAGGCAGUAGAUAUUAAACGAAGAGCAAUAAGUGACAUUUCAGACAUUGAAACUUCAAAAAAAGUUUCAAGUAUGUCUACGGUAAUGAGCAAUCUUCCGGAUAACAGCAUUAUUACAAGUGUUAGUGGGAAAGUUGAUCCUCUCCUCUCUUCAUUAAUUAAUUAUGUACAACCUCAAUCUUUCAAAGGUUUUGAAUAUGCAGAAGAGCAGAAAAAGCAUUACGUUAUGUCAUCGUUUUCAGAAUUAGAAGGACUAAAACAAUGUACAGAAAAUCUCACAGAUUUUGUUUUAUAUAACAAGAGACAGUUUUCCAGAAUAUAUCCAAAGGCAACAAGAGUAGAGAGUACAAACUAUGUGCCUCAGGUUUUCUGGAAUGCUGGCUGUCAAUUUGUUGCAUUAAAUUUGCAAACACCAGAUUUGUCUGUGCAAUUGAACCAGCAAAAAUUUGAGUGCAAUUUUAAUUGUGGAUAUCUUUUAAAACCUGUUAAAUAUCGUGAGACUGAUUCAAAUUUUGACCCAUUAACUGAAAAUCCAAUAGAUGGGAUUAUUCCAUUAACUGUUGAAAUUGAGGUGAUUUCUGGUCAGUAUCUUUCUGAAAAAAAAUGUAUGACAUAUGUGCAAAUAGAUAUGUUUGGUUUAUCGGCAGACACAACAAGAAAGAAGCGAACAAAUCUAAGUGAAUCAAAUUUAAUGAAUACUGUUUAUCCUAAGACUGUAUUUAAAUUUGAUAAGAUUGUUUUUCCUGAGAUGGUUCUUGUUCGUUUUACUGUGUAUGAUGAAUCAGAUAAGUUGUUAGGACAAAGAGUUUUACCAUUGGAAGGUAUAAAAUCAGGCUAUCGGCAUAUAGCGAUGCGCACAGAGACAGGUCAUUUCUUGCCAUUAACCACUUUGUUUGUUAAGUUUACAUUUAAAAUAUAUAUUCACGAAAAGUAUGAAGAUGCUGUGGAAGAGUUGUUCAAUCCAAACAAAUAUAAAUUGCUGGCUGAACAUCGAGCUUCUCGUAUUGCAAAAAAAUUAGAGGAUAUGCUGCUUUCAGAUGAGGAUAUCAUUGUUCAAAAUCCAAAGUUAAUUCAAAUAUGUGGUGAUCAAGUCAAUAGCACCUCUACUGAAACAAAACGAAAAUUAAGCGUGAGCUCAAUGGGUUCUAGCUUGAAUCAUCCAAGCUUAAUUACUUCAAAUACAAUUGACAAUUCAUCAAUAAAAAUGAAAAGUUUUAGUUUAACUUUUGAUGAAAGCAACAAUGGGAAUAGAAUGUUAGAACUUUGUGAGGAUGAAUUCUUGAAAGAAAGAAAAAUUGAUGAUUUUAAGUUAGAUAAGAUGUUUUUGCGUAUUGCAAAAAAAAAUGGUAAAGAAGUGGAUAUUCUUAAACAAAAUCAUCGCAAGGAACGUAAAUUAACCGAAAGCUUUUAUGAUGAAGAAAUUUCAAAAUUACAAAUGUAUUAUGAUAAAACAUUAGAAAGCGAGUUAAAAUCAUUUGAAAAAAGUUUACAAAAAAUCAACACCAAAGAAGUCCAAGCAAGUUACCAAAAAAUAGUAGAAGACGUUUCAAUUAAAUUUGAUAAAAGUUCCAGAAAAAUUAUUGACACUCAAAUGAUGGAAUUAAAAGAGAAGUAUCUAGAAAAAACAAAGAUUUGGAAAACUGAAAAAGUGGGAAAGAUAUCUGUUAUUGUUGAAGAGCAAAAAAAGGCUCUGAAAAUAAUGGUUGAUGAGCAUAUUGAAAAAGAAGCUCGAAUCAAGUAUUCUCAUUCUAUACAACAAAUAGAUUUAAUAGGUAAACUAUUAAAGAUGGCACAAGAAAAUGAUAUUAAAAAACUUGCAGAAAUAAAUGAUAAAGAACUAUCAGAUUUGACAAAGGCACAAGCGCGUGAUUCGAUCCAAAGUAUUAAAGAUUUAGAAAAAGAGUUUGAAAACAGUAAAAUGGAUCGCAUUAAUAAAGAGAAAAUUAAACGUGAGAGAGACAAAUUAAGAAUUGAGGAGUUUGGUAUGCAGAGAAGAAAGCUUGUUCUAAAUCAGCAGAAACGACAAGAAAAGCUCAUUGAAAAGCAUAAAAAUGAAAAUAAACAAUUUGAAGAUCAACGGAAAGAGAUAAUUCAACUCGGCUACGAGCCAAUUAUCCGACAUAUUAAGCAAGCCCAAACGUUGAUAAGUCUUCAUCAACAGAAAUUGUAAUUUUUUAUGACUUUUUAUAAGUAUUUUUUUAUAUUUUUGUAAAUUAUUUUUUUAUAACUUCAAGUAAAUAUAUUUA